GAGGUUAAUACUACAGUGAGGUGGCAGAGAUAUUGUGAAUUGUACAGGUGAAGGAGCCUGCUGGAAGAAGUAGUGAGCAGUGACUGGACCUUGUGGAGAAGCAGAGCCGGGAUACUGAGCAGGAUACAAGGGGUUAUUCUCAUCCUGGUCCCCCUCCCCUCCUGACAGUACACUGGAGGAGUUGCAUUCAUUUGCAGAGCAGUCUGGCGUUGGCUAUCACCAGGGAAGGCAGUGAUCCUCGGGACUUUGUAUGGCCCCGUCCUCCAGCAGGCAGAUCCCAGUGGAGGCAGCACACAUCGCUAGCUCCCCGGGCUCCCCGGGCUCCCCAUGUCUUCUCCCUUCUGGAUCUCCGCCCAGUGUUUAUCUACAAGUGACUUCAUCACACCGGGCUGUGCAGCUGACGCUCAGGCUCUGAUCCCUUGCUAUGACAAGAUGAUGUUUUUGGGAGCUUGCCCCUCACUUACAUUGUAGCCUAUCCUCCUUGAGGCUGUCCAGGAACCAGGGGAGCAGAUGAUCAUCUAAGAUCAGCUGUCAGAGAAGGAAGGACCAUCCACAUGUACUGAGAGGGCACCUGGAUGAGGAGAUCUUCAGAUCAUGAUGGACACACAUGGAGACCCCUGACACUAGGACCUGUCCCCUGCCUCUGGUCACUGACCCAUGAAUCCUCUGUCCCCUUCAUCUAUCUAUUGGCUCUGUGCAGUCAGUCUACUCUCUCCAGGCUCUUGGAGGUGAUCGUAUUAUACAGUGCACUCUGUCCAUCACCUGGCAUCACUUAUCGUCCAUAGGUUGGCAUACCUCUUACUCAAGGUCUUACUACAGGUAACCCUGCUACUGCAUACUACUCCCUGUGACAUCUCUUCUGCUAAGGAGCUUCAACUACUCACUCAGCAUUGAGUGGCCAUCCUGGGAGUAGUGGUCCAGGCUGCAGCUGCUUUGUAAUCUUAUUUGUGGCAGUCUUGGGAAUAGUAGUUGGCUACCUGUAGAAGGUCAUCUCUCGCUCAUGAUGCCACUAAGUGCCCUUCCUGGCACCCGCUCUCUGAGCCCUGCUGCUUUAUCACGGAGCCUCUCUCGCCUUCGUGAGUACAGGACUCGCUCCAGGAUCAUGCUGUCUCUGGGGGUCUCCCAGAUGGUGCUUGGAUGUCUCAUUGUGGCUGUCAGCUUCGCAGCCCUGGCACUCACUACCUCUGCCAGGGUAAGGCACUCAUGUCCAUUCUGGGCAGGAUUUUCGGUGCUCUUGUCGGGAUUGAUUGGUGUUGUUGCCUGGAAACGUCCCCUCUCACUCGUGAUAACCUUUUUUAUGCUGCUGUCUGCUGUUUGUGUCAUGCUCAACUUGGCGGGAUCCAUUCUGUCUUGUCAGAAUGCUCAGCUAGUCAGUUCUCUCGAAGGCUGUCGACUGAUAAAUAUUAACAGUGAUGGAGUCUGUGUCUGUUGUGAAAUGCAACAUCAGACAUCUGGGUGUAGUAACCCCGGAGAAACCCUGAAACUCAAUCCUUUGCAGGAGUGCAGUGCUGUGCGAUUGACACUUAAGGACCUGUUGUUCAGUGUGUGUGCUUUGAAUAUCAUCUCUACAAUUGUCUGUGCCUUGGCUACAGCAAUGUGCUGCAUGCAGAUGGUUUCUGCUGAUGUUCUACAGCUGUUUUUACCACACAGAGGACACUCCACCAACAUGGACUGUAUGAUGGCACAUGGAACAAUUCUUCAUCAAACUUUGGAUUUUGAUGAAUUUAUUCCACCCAUUCCACCUCCUCCAUAUUAUCCACCAGAAUACACCUGUACACCUGUCAUGGAAGUACAAAGAGGGCUUCACUUGGACUUCCCACAUUCACCUUUCAGUGCUUUGUAUGAAGUGUCCAUAAACAGUCCUGGCAUUCUGUAUCCAUCUGAGUUGCCACCUCCCUAUGAAGCUGUAGUUGGACAAACUCCUGCAAGCCAAGGGACCAGUAUAGACCAGCAGGUGACAGAAUCCAGCAUUGGGGACCGGAACACUACAGCUGGCUUCAGUACACAAGUGUCUGUGGACAGCACCUCCAUUCUGGUGUCAGAAGUAGGUGAUAUUCCAGCUCAUAGCUGCUCUUCAGAAGACCUUUGUUCAUUAGAGGUUCAGGGUUCUUUGCGUUCUGCAGACUUUUCACCAUAUAGCACUAUUCGUACAGCAGCUACAGGAAGCAGCUGUGCCAGCUUGGAGCAUAGUCUUCGCUGUGGCCUUCAUCUCACCAAUUCUCAGUGUUCACCAGAUGAUGAUGGAAGCAGAGCCUCAACAGACAGAUCUCAGUGGCAAGACUGCGACAAUUAUACUCAGUCCAGGUCCUUGGACUCUUCAUCGGAAAAUUUUAACACCCCAGAAAGAGAAUCUCAACUAUCGACAAAAGAAAGGAAAGUGUCUCAGUCAUUGAAACCUAUAAAAAUGUGUUAUGGUGUAUUCAGCCAGCCACCUGGACAAGGCCAACCAUCACCAAGCACAUUACCAAUAAAUCCAGCACCACACUCAGGACCGAAAGAAAAGACAGUCCAGCAGCAUCAUGCCAGGAGAUAUCGUAUUGCCAGCAUAGUCCGAUCCACCAGUGACCCUGUAUCCUGCUCAUCUAGUACAGAAGCUCCCUGCUCGUAUCCGCACAUGACUGCCUCAGCCAUCCAGGAGACAGGAAACCAUUUUUUAUUGGGAAGACAAAAAGAAAAUAAGAAAGGCAGUCAUCGAAUCAAGCCCAAGGCCCUAAAAAAUAUUUCCAAGGAGAGGCCCAACUCUCUGGUGGACCUAAAAACAUACAAGGACACAAAGAUUUUAGUGGCUAAAUUCCUGGAACAUUCGAACUGUCACUUGUCUCCGGAAGUACAACACGUGGUAAACAGCAUUAGGUCUGUCAUCAAGUCAGAUGAGCGGCACAUGGAGGAAGCCAUUUUUAGUGCCAACAUUAUAGACCAGGUAAUUACGAGCUCUCAGCAGAAUGUCAGUAUGUCAAGGAAACGGCUGCAGGAAGAUCUUCACUUAAGGAGUUGUGGUGCUCUCAGUUCUCCAGUGACUUUUCUACACAGGAUACAUCUAACACGAGAAAUGGACCCUGACAGACCACAUAGUCUUAUCGGAGUCUGCAGAGAAACCAUCCUCUGACAACCAGUUUUUAGAAGAUUGCAUGCAAAGACUGAGGACAUUCAAAUCCAAUUCUGUCACCAACACUAACCAACAACAUGGCAUUUUCAAUCUGAACAUGGUCAUGCACGGGACAACAGACACCUGUUAAACAAGGUCCCUGAAUGUAUUGUGUUCUGCACCAACAAUGCAAGCUUUAUUUCUGCAAAAAGCCUUUUUUUGGAACAGACAUCUGAAGUUUAAUCUAUUUUUUAAUUUAAAAUAGAGAUUUGGAUAUUGCUGCCAUGUAGCUUCAUUAAAAGUAUACCAUCUUCUCAACAGUUACGACCUCCUACAGAAAGGAGCCAUUCUCUUGGUCCUGCAGACUGGCAGAUAACAUUUUAAGUAUAUCCUAUCUGUACCAUCAAUGAAAGGUAGCAUAACAUAUGAAAGGAGAAAUAUCUUCAGAAGAAGAAAAAUCUUACAACCUCAGUGUUGUAUAACUUUCUGUACCUCAAAGUGUUUUCAUAACGUGAUUUAAUUAAAAAAAAAUCUAAAA